GUUUUCCAAGGACAUUCCCGUCAUUGCACCACCCACCCUCCCUCCUUUAUUCCCUUCUUCUUCUUCUUGUUCUUCUUCUUCAAAACUGCAACCACCGCUCACUCCAAACCUCCAGAACGCAGCCGUUUAAUGCUCUUGCGAACCCUAAACAGCCAAACACAACCUUAAAAAUAUGGCGGCAGAUAACGGAGAGGAGAAGCUGAUCGCUGUAGCACGCCACAUAGCGAAAACGCUAGGCCACAACGAGUCAAUGGCUGACGAUAUUUUGCAAAUCUUCUCAAAAUUCGACGGUCGUUUUUCUCGAGAGAAAUUGGCCGAUAAAUUGACAACAGCAGGACAAGAAGAAGAUCCUAGAGCUCUUGAUCAUACUAUCAAGUCCUUAGAGCGUCAGAUCUCGCAGUACGUCGCCGCCGACCACCCGAUCUGGUCUGACUCUGCUGACUCCUCCGCUUUCCUUGACUGCGUCGACGAGUUAAUUUCAACUGUGCGUGGACUUUCCGUCUCCAGUUCCGCCGGAGCGUAUUUGGCACGAGCUGAGGAUCUUCUUCAGCAGACUAUGUUUCGGCUGGAAGAAGAGUUCCGUCUCUUAAUUGAACGUGGUGGUGAGUCUUUUGAAACUACUAGAUCUUAUAAUAACGGUAACGGAGAGUUAGCGGAGGAUAAUAGUAAUUUAUUGUUUGAUGAUUCUGACGAGGAUGAUCAUGACUAUAGUGAUAGUGAAAUUCCGGUAGCGCAACGGUUAAGUAAUUAUGAUGUCAUAAUUGAUGCAUUGCCGUCGGGGAUUAUUAGUGAUUUGCAUGAGAUAGCGAAGAGGAUGGUGGUUUCGGGGUCUGGUAAAGAGUGUUCACACGUGUAUAGUAGUUUCCGUAGGGAGUUCUUGGAAGAAAGCCUGUCGAGGUUAGGUUUAGGGAAAUUGAGCAAUGAAGAAGUGCAAAAGAUGCAAUGGCAAGAAUUGGAGGAUGAAAUUGAUAAGUGGAUAAAAGCGGCGAACGUUUCCCUUCGGAUUUUGUUUCCCAGUGAGAGGAGGUUGUGUGAUCGGGUGUUUUAUGGGUUGGGUUCGGUGAGUGACUUGUCAUUUAUGGAGGUUUGUAGGGGGGCUGUGGUUCAGAUUUUGAAUUUUGCGGAUGCGAUUGCGAUAGGGAGUAGGUCGCCUGAGAGGUUGUUUAAGGUUUUGGAUUUGUUUGAGACGAUGAGGGAUUUGAUGCCGGAGUUUGAGUUUAAUUUUAGUGACCAGUAUUGUUUGGUUCUCAGGAAUGAUGCGUUGGGGAUAUGGAAGAGGUUAGGGGAGGCGAUAAGGGGGAUUUUUAUGGAGUUGGAGAAUUUGAUUAGGCGGGAUCCAGCUAAAGCUCCAGUGCCUCGUGGAGGGCUUCAUCCAAUCACACGAUAUGUGAUGAAUUAUUUACGUGCUGCAUGUAGGUCAAGAGAGUCGUUAGAGCUGGUCUUCGAGGAGAGUGUGAAUGUUGUUCCAUCAAAGGAUUCUACUUUGUCUUCAUUGUCGGUUCAAAUGGCAUGGAUUAUGGAGUUGUUGGAGAGUAAUUUGGAAGUGAAGGCAAAGAUUUAUGGGGAUACUGCCUUGUGCUCUGUUUUCUUGAUGAAUAAUGAGAGGUACAUCGUGCAAAAAGUGAAGGAUAGUGAAUUGGGUUUGCUGCUUGGGGAUGAUUGGAUAAGGAAACACACUGCAAAAAUCAAGCAAUACCUUUCGAGUUAUCAGAGAAGUUCCUGGAAUAAACUUUUGGGGGUAUUGAGGGCAGAUAGUAGCCCCGUGGCUGCUGCUAAUGUUGGAGGAAAGUCCAUGUCUAUGAAAGACAGGAUUAAGGCAUUUAAUUCUCAGUUUGAGGAAAUUUAUAAAUCUCACUCCCAGUGGAUCAUAUUUGAUGAGCAGCUAAGAAAUGAGCUGAGGAACUCUUUAUACAAUCUAGUGAUGCCAGCUUAUAGAAACUUCAUUGCAAGGUUUCAAAAUGCUCCGGAUGUUGGGAGGCAUGCGGAUAGGUAUAUUAAGCACACUCUGGAGGAUAUUGGCACCCAGAUUAACGUGUUGUUUGAGGGAGGGAAUGGAUCCGCUGGUGGCAGGAAAUGAAGACAGCUUACCGUAUUUUUGUGGCUGGGAAACCAUGUCAGAUAACGGGUCGUAAAUGUCUGCAUAGAGAAUCCUGCUUCCUGGAAGUGAUGACUGCAAUGGAGGUAGUAACCUUUUAAGUUUUUUAUUAUAGGCUUGACAGUCUGAAUUUUGAUCUUCUAGACAUGCUAGAUUCCCUGAACUCCCAUAUCUUGUGACUAUCUGAAUAGGCAAACACCCAAUUGGAGGAAGGCCAGCAAUCGCCAUUAAACGGCCUCCAAGAUUGUACAGUUCCUGUGAACAUUACCAUCAGAAGUUACCCGAGAAAAUGUCGGCAGUUUUAUGCUUGAAAAUACUCUAACCCUAGAAAUUGAUUGUGCAAAGCUAGAUAGAUGCCUGCAUUCAUGCAUACCUGCACAAAAGUUUGUAAGGAACUCAGCAGAAAAUCAUGAUAACCACUGAUACUGUUGAACUGAUACCGUCUUGUGGGUAUAUCAUAAUAGUUGUAAAUCAAGUCAUUAGUGCCUGAACUAACAAUGAUGAAAGCUCUGCCAAGUAUCUUCUUGGCCUCCUCUUCUCCAACAAUUCCCUUGAGCCUUGUAAUAUAGUUCUGGAAUAACUCAAGUUGCUCGUACAUUGGGAUGGCUCCGGAUGCCACCGUCGUCAUGUCGUCGUAUCCUGAUCCGGCCGAAGCGAAACACACGCCGGUGCGAAUAUUGUCAUCAGUUAGGCUUGGACUGAGGACAGGCGGAACAGUUUCUUCCAUCCCGAGGAUGCUGGCUGUAAAGUCAGGAAUGAGUUUUCCGUUAGAAAACCUCCCUGUAGGAACGUGGCCUGGAAAAUCUCGGCCAUAUGGUGGAUGGUCACUUCUGAACACUGUCUUCACGUAGUUGUUGUUACCAGUAUCAACCGUCGAAUCACCGAAGAUAAGAAUGCUGGAGAAUUCGGGCAAGGUUGCAGCCCCACUGAGGUUGCAUAUGGUCGCUAAUGUAAGGAAGAGGAGGGCAGGUGCCAUUGCUGAUUGAUUAACAUGGUGAGAUUACUUUGUAUUUAUAGAGAAUAAGAGAGCUGUUGUCUUUAGCAGUUCCAUGCCCUUUUUACAUGGGAAGAAAAUGGCUGAAAUUAAAAUCUCCCCAGCUACCUUGCCAUGUAAUAUUAAAGAGAAUUAAAGAGAGAUGAAGCCUGCAUCCUUCUUCGGUCAAUGAAUUUGAGUUGAAGAUCGAUUUCUCAUGUGUGAAACUGUUGGGUUAUAUCCAGGUACAAUUACACUUGCUUUAGCAAUCAAUGUAUCCUCGAGGUGGCUUGUUUAUUAUAUAUACUGAAAUUUAAGUCC